UAGAAAACCUAAUUCCCGUUUGCCCUAUUACUUUUGUUCGUAUGAAGAAACAAACAUCAUCUAUUUCAUCUCCAAUUCCGCUCGUUAAACUCUGAUUUACGUGAUUUUGUUCGAUUCUACACAGUCGUCGUUAUCCUCUAUCUGCAACACGAAACAAUUCACCUGACAUUGUGUUGUCAAAUCAAAGAUAUUCACCUAAAUCGGACGAUCUGAUUAACCGAUUUCCACCUAUUACUUUUGAACAGGAAUUUGCCAGGUGUAUGCAAGGAGUACUAGACUGCUCUUGUCGAUAGCUACUCAUUAGUGCUUUUGAUUCUGUUUAGGUUCGGUGACUUCCGACCCCCCGGUGGAAAUUUUCAAGCUUCGCCACUGCACACGUGGAACAGUUCAGAAGAUAAGAACUUUGAGGAAUGGCUGAUGGAGAAGAGGACUUGCCAAGGGAUGCCAAGAUUGUUAAAACAUUGCUGAAAUCAAUGGGUGUUGAAAACUACGAACCUCGUGUUGUGCACCAGUUUCUCGAACUUUGGUACCGUUACGUAGUGGAGGUGCUCACCGAUGCGCAGGUGUAUUCAGAGCAUGCUGGCAAGGCUACUAUCGAUUCUGAUGAUGUCAAACUCGCCAUUCAGUCUAAAGUCAAUUUCAGCUUCUCCCAACCCCCUCCACGAGAGGUUCUUUUAGAAUUGGCGAGGGAAAGGAACAAAAUUCCGUUGCCAAGGUUACUGAGUGGACCGGGGAUGGCGCUGCCUCCAGAGGCAGAUACUUUAAUCAGUCCAAAUUACCAGCUUGCGAUUUCGAAGAAACGAACUAAUGAAGCUGUUGAAGAAACAGAGGAAGAUGAAGAAGCUAGUGAUUCUAAGCAGAACUCGUCUCAAGAACAGAGGACUGAUAUGCUGCAACAAAAUACCCCUCAACGAGUUUCCUUUCCACUUGGCCCGAAACGACCAAGGUGAACCAUGGCUUAAUGAGCGAAUCUGCCUUUUGUUAUCUAUUCCAGUGUUACUUAAAGUGAAUGUUGUUAGUUAUCAAUGUUUGUUACAGGUGAAGUUGUAGUUUGAAGCAUUUGAAUACCUAUAUCGCUUAUAUCAUUGUG